UCUCUAUGUUCUAAUAGAUUACAACUCUUGCUUUUUCUCUUUCCUUGUCCUCCAAGUGAUGAGUGCUAGUUUUCUCUAUGGUCAGGUCAGGAUGCCUCUUCUUGAAAAGGUUGAGCGAGGAAGCAUAUGGAAAUCCGUAGCUUAAUCCUGCCUAAAGGAAACUCAGAAAAUGCUGAAUAAGUUGGCUAAUUUUCCUUGCUACUGUUUUAGCCUGUAUGUGAUUUGUUGCAAUAGCUCAUAUCUCUCUUGAUGCAUUAACUUACAAUCGUACUGCAUGUUUUUAAUUGUAUAUGGAUGAACAGUGUUGUUAUUGGUGUGUUCAUUGGGGUUUACAAUCUACAAGUCCAACUCAGCCAAGACUGGACCUCGCUCCUGCACUAGUGCACUGCAUUUCUCUUGAGUGCGCAAUACAAGCAGAGACCCACGAACGAUUGGUCCAAAGUCCGAACUAUGCCCUGAAACUGAAAGCAACCUAGUACAAGACACUGAUUCGCCCAAGAUUCCCCGCCCAAACAAAGGGUAAACAGCGAACAACGGUGCAUACGUAGCUAGGUGCGCCAAGACCAAUGCAUACGAGAAGGCGAGAGGUCCUUAAACUAGUCGAGUACCGGACCCUGCAAGAAGAAUAUCCAGCUCCGCCACAUACACCUAGCUGUUACCAACGAUGGUAACUAGGGUCAGACUGCCUAUAAAUGGGGCUCCAUGUGAGUACUCGCAAAGUUCGUCCCCGUAUGAUUGCAGGGAACUACUAACUGAAGAUGGAGAAAGCGGUGCUCUGCCUACUCUUGAUCUUGGUGGCCUCACUUGGCUGCAAGGGUGAUCCAGAUAUUGUCACAGGUUUGAUCUCUCAGAAGCGUCAAUCACGAGAGGUUUUCUCUCUCUCUCAAGUACUAAUUAACACUAUCCUUCAUUUUUGAAAUUGCAGAAGGUGACUACGUCAGGAUCAAACGUACGCCUUCUAGCUUGUAUACAUGCAUAUAUACUUGGACAGAGCUCCCUAACUAAUAAAGGAUUAAUAAUAGUCAAUGAAUUAAUCCAGCCUAACACAUUUCCAGGUAGCUUGCUGGCGAUCCUGAUAGUGUUCCCCGUCAUGAUGCUGGCCCUCGCCCUCGCCAUCGUCAAGUACCUGACGCCCAGGGGAAGAUCAGACGAUGAUACCAUUGGCUCGUCCGAUGACGAGAUGAAGGUGCACGGCGGGGAGGUGAUCAACCGGUGGUCGGGGCUGUACAGGUUCACCAAGGCCGAGAUCGAGCGGGCGCUGGACUACGCCAACAGCCGGAUCUACCUGGGCUCCGGCAGCGCGGGGCAGGUGUACCAGGGGGUGCUGCCCAGCGGCCAGCUCGUGGCCAUCAAGCACAUCCACCGGACGGCCAUGUCCGGCUCCUUCACCAGGGAGGCGGACGGGCUGUCCAAGGUCAGGCACCCCAACCUCGUCUGCCUCUUCGGCUACUGCGACGACGGCAGCGACCAGUACCUCGUCUACGAGUACUGCGCCAAUGGCAACCUUGCCCAGAAUCUGCUUAGUAAGAAGGAUCCAUCAUGUUUACUUAAGCUCUGUAGCUAG